AUGAAAAAUCAUGAAAAUACAGAACUUGUUACUUAUUAUUCAGAAGAUGAAGAAAAAUGUGAACAUCCACGCGAAAAAGUGCCUCCCUUGCCAGAUUUUUUUUUAGAUUUAUAUAAAGUUAAACCAAAGCAAGGUAAUGAACCAGAAUUUCAUGAGGGUAGAACAAGGACAUACCCACAUGUCACUGGUGGCUGGCCAAGUCAUAUUUAUAUUGAUUUAAUGCCUAAUGAAAAGUUACAAAUUCUUUUAAAAAAAAUACAAGAAUCGUUUAGAAUAGAGGGGAUAGAAUUCAAAUCAUUAGUUGAAAAUGAUCUGGGAAUGCCUUUGCCGUUACAUAUUAGUUUAUCUAGAUCGCUUAUGUUAGGAUCGGAUAUAAUCAAUGAAUUUAAAAACACAAUUAAAACAAAAGUUAUAUUUGAAAGUUUUAAUAUUAAAUUUUCAAAUAUAGCAAUUUUUAAAAAUGAAGAUACUAGUAGAACAUUUCUUGUUCUUAUAAUUGAAACAGGAAAAGAAAUUUUACGAACUAUUUUACAGACGGUGGAUUCAAUUGUAAAAAAAUAUGGUUGCCAAACGUUUUAUGAGGAAAAUAAAAAUUCAAAGUUUCAUGUAUCUAUUGCAUGGUGUUUAAGUCAUACUAUAAUUCAUAAAACUAUUAUAAAUCGAUUAAAUAAUGAAUACUCUGGGUUAUUAUCUAUACAUAAAUUACAUGUUAAUCAGGUGAAAAUUAAAAUAGGAAAUACUAUUCAUUCAGUAUCUUCUAUAUGA